GGACGCGGGCAGCGCAGGGGCCGGGGCAGGCGGCGGCGGGAGCGGGGCCGCGCGGGCGGGCGGGCGGGCGGGCGUGUCUCGGCCCCGCCGCCGCUCGUGUGUACAGUACGUGUGUCUGGGCGGCCGUCCGCGGGCGAGUGUGCGGCGGGGGCCGCGGGGGCCGGCUCAGUUGAGAGAUUGCAGAAGCCGCUCGGCGCCCGCGCGAUUGGUCCCCGCGGGGUCAUGUGCCCGCCCCUCUGACGUCAAUGGCGGCAACGGCGGCGGCCGCCGCGGCUUCGGCCUCUCGCAGGCGGAGUCCGCCGCCGGGCGGGGACGCGCGGGGCCGAGGCGCGGCCCGACGGGAGGGGGCGGCCCCUGGGGAGGGGGCUGGGGCGGGCGAGCCCCGGCAGGCCCGCGGCCCCGCCCGGAAUCUGGGGGGGGGGGGGGUGGGCGGGGGCCGCGGGGGCGGGGCGCGUGACGUCACGCCCAGCCGGCCGCGCCCCCGCCGGUGCCCAGGCCGGUGCCGAGCCGUCGGCCCCCGGGCCAGCCGAUCGGGGGCCCCUGCCGCCCCCCAGGCCCCUCACCCCGGCCGGCCCGGAUCAGAAGUGUCGACGCCCCGAAACGAGUCACCGCGGACGGCCGCGUGCGGCCAGGAGUGACACACCUGAGGCCACCCAGCAAACGCUCGCCUCGGCGGCCAGCUUUCUCA